UGUCUUACAGUAGGAGAACCCACCUCCCCCUUUUCACGGUCGUAGUAAAACAGUCUCCCUGCAGCUCGCCGCCAUGUACACGCACGGAGUGGCACAUCUCCAAUGCGCAGUGUGCAUCUCCUGUCCUGGCUCUGAGAUCUGCUGUCGUCUGUGAAAACCACGGCUGGUGCCUCACGCAGAAGAAGAAGAGGAAGGAGGGAAGGAAGGAAGGAGGAGAAGGAGAAGCGUUGCUCGCUGUUCGGACACUCAGAAACCGUCAAAUAUUAGCGUGAUCUUCAGCGUUUCUAUUUUUCCGUGUUUUAAUCUUCGAGGAGUGCGCGCAUCUCUCGCUUUUGAGUUGUUGGGGGAGCCUGCACAGGCGAGCAUGACAGCAUGACAAUGGUGCAAGGCUGGCUGACAGCAGGAUGAUGCGUUUUUGUUUUUUGUUUGUUUCUUUUUUGCGCUUUGACUUUUGAAGAAUGGGAUCUCUGCUGGAGCACUCAAGGACAACUCCGGAGGUUUAUUUAGUAAAUUCUGACUUAAGCGUAUUCGUAUCGUCGUUGUGUGUGCUAUGUGCUGUGGUAAACAUCUGGUGCCUGGUCCAGUCCUCUCUGCGCUCACCUUUCUCCUCCCCUCAGCCUCGGCGCACCUCUAAUUGGAGCGAGCGUCUUAAUUGAUGGAGAUCAUCCACGUCGGGCACUGACCUCGAGUUACACCGUUCGCCAGCUCACUGCGGGUGGACACGCGGCGCUUCUGCUCUUAUUUGGAUGCUAUUGUGCUCACACUCCACACUUGCGUUUGUCUAACUCGGCUGCUCGCUUCAUUGACAAUGCCGGUGAACGCGCUGCCUCGCGGCGGCAGCAGCAGCAUGGGCGGCCCGGGAUCCCUGAGCCCGGCGUCGCUGUCCCGGAGUCUCUCCCGGCUGAGGGAGUACCGGACCCGGACGAGGAUCAUGUUGGCUCUGGGGGUCUCUCAGAUGGUCCUCGGGAGUCUCAUCCUGGCUGUCAGCUUCGCAGCUCUGGCUCUCACCACAUCACCCAGAGUCCGGCACUCCUGUCCCUUCUGGGCAGGUUUCUCUGUUCUGCUCUCUGGACUCAUCGGAGUGGUGUCAUGGAAGAGGCCGCUCUCUCUCGUGAUCACAUUCUUCAUGCUGCUCUCUGCGGUGUGUGUGAUGCUCAACCUGGCGGGCUCCAUCCUCUCCUGCCAGAACGCUCAGCUUGUCAACUCUCUGGAAGACUGUCAGCUGUGUGGAUGCGUGUUCUCCCCUCCUCCCCCCCAGCUCAAGUUUGACAGCGAUGGAGUGUGUGUAUGCUGCGAGCUGCAGAAGCAGAGCUCGAGCUGCAACAACCUGGGAGAGACGUUGAAACUGAACCCACUGAGGGAUUGCAAUACCAUUCGUCUACGUCUCAAGGAGCUGCUCUUUAGCGUGUGCGCCCUGAACGUCAUCUCCACCAUUGUGUGUGCUCUAGCCACUGCAAUGUGCUGUAUGCAGAUGGUCUCAACUGAUGUGCUGCAGAUGUUUAUGCCGCACCGAGCUCGAGCCCUGAAUGCUGACUGCAUGACCCCCCAUGGAACCAUCCUCCACCAGACACUGGACUUUGAUGAGUUUAUUCCUCCCAUUCCCCCGCCACCAUACUACCCCCCAGAGUACACCUGCACCCCCUCAAUGGACGGACAGAGAGGCCUGCACCUGGACUUUCCCCAUUCCCCCUUCAGUGCCAUUUACGGAGUUCCUAUCAACAGCCCAGGGACACUGUACCCAACUGACCUGCCCCCUCCAUAUGAGUCUGUGGUGGGACAAACCCCUGCCAGUCAGGUCACCACCAGCAUAGAGCAACAGGCCACUGAGUCCAGUCUGUGUGAGAGAAACACUACUGCAGGACUCAGCACUCAGGCCUCUGUGGACAGUGCGUCCCUGAUGGUGUCAGAGGUGGCUGAUCAGGACCAGACCUGCUCCUCCGAGGACUUGUGCUCCCUGGAGGUCCAGGGCUCUGACUCCUCACCCUAUGGCACCCUCCACACGGCGCCCACUGAUGGAAGCUGCACCAGCCUGGAGCUCUGCACUCGCGGCUCCUCGCGGCGCCAUCGUGGCUUGGCCAAUACGGACCCUCGCCCGAGUGAUACCGGCUACAGUGAGUCCUCACACACCCAGGAGUCACUGGAACGCUCUCCGGACUGGUCGUCAGAGAACUUUAGCAACCUGGACCAGGAGGAUCCAGCGGAGAACACACAUCCGUGUGAGGAGCUCAGGGCAGCAAUGCACAUGUGUGAUGAGCUGGCCUCAGCUAAACAUUUACCAGAGGAGCCAGCUAAAGCGUCAACACACUCCCUCAUUAAAGCACGAAUGAUGAGCCGGAAGCUCACACUCCCUGUCACUAUCCCCCCGCCUCCUCAGCCAUGCUCCCCCACGUCUGUGGCAUCGUCUGGUGGAACCUCGGCUAUCAGCCCUUUGGCUCCGUCUCCUUCGCCUUCCCCUCCUAACAGGCCACGUGGCCCGAGACUGUGUUUCAGUGUUUGGUCACCCUCCUCAGCAUCACAGCCCCCCUCUACCUCAGCCCAAAGUGGCCACUCACCUUCAGAGAGGCCUCGGAUGCUCCGAGCUGCCAGGAGGUACCGCAAACUGGCACGCAUUGUCCGUUCCACCAGCGACCCUAUCUCCUGCUCCACCACAACAGGAAGAGAGAAUUGUGGCUGCGCCUCUGGAAAUAACCCUGCUGCUGACGAUUCAGCUCACACAUCCCCAGAACAGGAGCCAAGAGACGCUUCAACAGAGGCCAUCGAAGCGAAACCGGGUCAUUUAUGUGCCAGGAGGCAGCAGAAGGAGGGCAGGAAAGUUGACAUCCAACUCAAACCCCGAUCCGCGCACACGCACUCCUCCAACGACCGUCCACACUCCCUGGCUGACCUAAAGAUGUACAAAGACACCAAAAUAUUAGUGGCCAAGUUCCUGGAGCACUCCAGCUGCAGUCUACCUCCUGAAGUCCAGCAGGUUGUCAACAACAUCAAGUGUGUCAUUAAGUCGGACGAGAAACACAUGGAGGAGGCCAUCUUUAGUGCCAAUGUCAUAGAUCAGGUGAUGACCCAACGCAUCAUAGGCAGCCCCCGGAAGCGUGGCCACGAGGACCUUCACCUCCAGAGCUGCGGUGCUUUGAGUUCAUCCCCAUCCCCUUCCACGCGCCGUCCAAAACAUCUCCAACAAACAACCAGCGCCUCCACCGACCCACUGGGCUCCCCGUCGUCUGAACAAAGCCUUGAGUGCAGAGAAACUAUUCUCUGACCACUCUCUCAACAAGGACUCUGGUCAGAGCUCAGAGGGCAGGGUCCUGGCGUUUAAGACACGCUGUCCUGUCCAGCUGAUGUCUGUAGAGUGUUUAAUAACUCAUCAGGCAUCGUAAGAUCGUUUUUACACGGUUUGGCCACACUACAGAGCAACUUAAAUGCUGGCUUACUGUAUCUCCUAGUGCCCUGUGAGACCGUGCCAAGUCAUCAGCAGAAAUGGUAGCAAACUCAGACUGAGCCUGCCAGUGUCUGUAGUGGCUUCUUUCUCAUCAGAAAUUCAAAAGAAUGUUCCUCCCUCAGGGGAUAUUUUCUACUGAGUUUCAUCUCUUAAAAAGGAAACAAAUACACAACCGGUAAGUUUUGGUCUGUGACUGAAGGACAGGGGGAGGGGUUGGGGUUUGUCAGUAACAGUAUUGCUCUUGUCCUCAUAAGAAACAGAAAAAAUGUGUUUGUAUUAAACUGUGAACUGAACUGACAGGGCAUUAACAGCCACUGUUUGCGGACUUUGUGGAGUUGUUACUGAUAGGGUGGUGAAUAUUUUGUGGUUCAAGAACAUCACAGAUGUGGAUUAUUUAACUUACCUCAUUGUGUUACAAUUCUUAUCAGUGUUACAAUAAAAUAUGCGUUUGUA